AUGAUAGAGAACAACAAGUAUCAUGAUGCCUUCAAGCUGAGAUUGUUUCCAUUCUCUUUGGGAGACAAAGCUCACACAUGGGAGAAGAACCUUCCAAGUGACUCUAUCACCACUUGGAAUGAAUGCAAGACAGCCUUCCUCAACAAGUUCUUCUCUAGCUCAAGGACUGCCAAGCUUAGGAAUGAGAUCUAUGGGUUUCAACAGAGGAAUCUUGAAGGUUUUAGUGAAGCAUGGGAAAGGUUCAGAAGCUACUGGUCUCAAUGCCCACAUCAUGGUUUUACCAAGGAGAGUCUGCUCAGUACCUUCUAUAGAGGAGUUUUACCUAAGUUCAGAAGCCAGCUGGAUACUGCUAGCAAUGGGUUCUUCUUGGUGAGAACUGAAGAAGAUGCUGAGAAACUUGUAGAGAACAUGGCUCAGAGUGAUUCAGUCUACAAUGAUGAGCAUGAUAGAAGCAACAAAGGGAGUGGAGGAGAUGAUAGAGCUAAACAAGAGAAUGUGAACUCUGUUGGUGAGCAGAAACAAGAGGGGAUUGAUGUGGUUAAUGAAGUUGAUGGUCUAGAAGGUCAGGAAGAGUUGUGCUUUAUGAAUGCUAAUGGGACAUGGUACAAAAAUGAGCCUAAUUUUCAGUACAACAACUACCAACAAAAACCCUUCUACAACAACCAACAAAGUGGUUACCAAGCUAGGGAAAACUACUCUCAAGGCUUCUCCUCCAAAGGAAAUCAGUCUACACAAGGCCAAGCCGGAUCUUCUACCUCUGCUCCACAAGAGAGUAGCACUGAUGCAAUGUUGAAACAUAUCUUGGAGUCCCAAACUAGAAGUGAGAAGCACAUUGGAUAUGAGCUGAAGAACCUUCACACCAAAGUUGAUGGAAGCUACAAUGACCUCAACAACAAGUUCCUACAACUCUCCUCUCACUUCAAGACUUUGGAGAAUCAGUUUGCCUAUAUGCCUUCAACCUCCAAGAGCCCAAUGGGAUCUCUACCAGGAAAAUCAGAGCAGAAUCCCAAAGAGUAUUGCAAUGUUAUCAUCUCUACUACUUCUGAGAUUGAGUUGAGUGAUCAUGAGAAAGAGAAAGAUCAGAUUGAAAGACUCAUAUAUGGAACAGAAGUUGUUGCCAAGGCUGAAGCACAGAUUGUGGAGAAGGUUGAACACAAGAUUGUGGAAAGGGUUGAGAUACAAACUGUAAAGAAGGUUGAGCGAAAGGUUUUGCAACCAGUUAGACACAAAGCUGAGAAACCGGUUAUUGAGAAAGCUGUCACGCAAUUGAAAGAGGUUCAGCUAGAAGAAGCUCAUGUGGUUGAGCAAUCACCUUACGACAAGCUCCCAUUUCCACAAAGGUUCCUCACUAAAGCUCAAAAGAAGGUGAUCUCCAAGUUCAGAAAAGACAUGGGAGAUGUAUGA